GAUGUUUAGGAAAUUUUCCUAUUGAGUGGUUGCUCUAAACAGGUUUGCUUAAAAUAGAAUUUCCAACACUUGAAAUUCUAAAACCUUCUAUGUAAUCCAUUGACAAAAUCAGUAUAAAUAACAUUGAGAGAAUCCGUUCCCUCAUCAGAUCCAGUUCGUAUCGACAUUUAACGAUGUUCAAGUUUGCACUAGUUAUUUUUGCUUUGGUGGGAGCUUCAUUAGCUCUCCCGAACAAACUGCACCGUCCUCGUCCUUGGUGGAAAUCCGGCAGCGGAAGGAUUGUGGGAGGUUUCGAGAUUCCGAUUGAGGAUGUCCCGUACCAGGUUUCGCUCCGAGAAUUUGGACACUUCUGUGGGGGAUCCAUCAUCGGAAGCCAAUGGGUUCUAACGGCUGGGCAUUGCGUUUCCAGUUCCUCUAGCCCCGGAGAAACCAUCCGCAUCGGAAGCGCCGAUAAUGGCCAGGGUGGUCAGAUCGUCAAAUUGAAACGGGCUAUCCAGCAUCCCAAAUAUGACAGCAUGACUACCGACUACGAUUUCACCCUGUUGGAGCUGGCUGAGGAGAUCAAGUUCACCGAAAGUUAUAAGGCCAUCGAGUUGCCCGAACAGGAUGAACCAGUUGAGGAUGGAUCCAUGUGCUUGGUUUCCGGAUGGGGUAACACCCAGAACUGGUCCGACAAUCGCAGGAUUCUUCGAGCGGCAAAUGUUCCUUCCGUAAACCAGAAAGAGUGCGACCAAGCCUAUUCGGUAUAUGGAGGAAUUACCGAUCGAAUGAUCUGCGCCGGAUACGAAAAGGGAGGCAAGGACGCAUGCCAGGGUGAUUCCGGAGGUCCAUUGGUUUCCGAAGGUAAACUGGUCGGAGUUGUGUCCUGGGGCAAGGGCUGUGCCGAGGAAGGUUACCCGGGAGUUUAUUCCCGAGUUGCUUCGGUGCGCGAAUGGAUCAAGGAAGUCAGUGGAAUCUGAGUUAAAAAAUGGUUGUCAGGAGUAUUCAAUGAAAUAAAAAUCCUUAU